AAGUUUACAAUCAAUCAGACAAAAAUGGCUUCCUUAGAGUCUUCCAUGGAGGCACAUCUCCAGCUCUAUGAAAUAUUUCUUACAGCAGCCAAGCCCAUGGCCCUUCAAGCAGCUGUCUUGCUUAACAUUCCUGACAUUAUUGGUAGUGAAAACCAGCUCUCCAUGGAGGAAAUUGCUUCCCAUAUUUCUGCUUCCACAAACAAACCUGUCCACAUAGACUACCUUUCUAGAAUCAUGAGGCUUCUGGCUUCCAUUGGAGUCUUUACUGAAGAGAACACAGUGGAUAACAGAGGCAUUCCUCAAUUAAAAUAUGGCCCAACUGGCCUCUCUAAAUUGCUGGCAAAUAAUGAGGCGCAACAAUCUUGUGCGCCCACUCUAUUGUUCUUGAAUCAAAAUAUUAUGGCACAAGCUUAUCAGUUUCUUCAUGAUACUGUCAUAGAUGGCAGCCAAGCAUUCACCAAGGCCAAUGGCAUGAACCUUUUCGAGUACAAUAGCAAGAAUCCUGAGGCAAAUAGAAUAUUCAAUGAGGCCAUGACUGCUCAGACAAGUUCUGUAAUGGCUUCUGUGUUGAAGGCGUAUGGUGGUUUCAAGAGCUUCAAGAGUGUGGUCGAUGUUGGAGGAGGAGCAGGUUCUGCGAUAUCUACAAUUGUUAAUGAAUAUCCCCAUAUUCAUGGCAUCAAUUUCGACCUUCCUCAUGUUGUAAGGACUGCUGCUCCCGCAAAAGGAGUACAGCAUGUGGAGGGUAAUAUGUUUGAGAAAAUUCCAUCAGCAGAUGCAGUAUUCAUGAAGAGGAUAUUGCAUGAUUGGGAUGAUGAACAUUGUUUGAAAAUUUUAAAGAAUAGCUAUGACGCUACACCAGAAGAUGGGAAGGUAUUAAUUGUGGAUGCGGUCAUUGAUAAAGAAAAAGGAACCAAAAGACAAGUGGGACUAAUGUCUGAUUUAUUAAUGAUGGCUGGUUGCAUUGGUGGAAAGGAGAGAACAGAGGAGGAAUUUAAGGACUUGUUUCAUAAAGCAGGGUUUAAGAGUUAUAGUAUCAUUGAAAUACCUUUCUAUCAUGCACUUAUAGAAGUUUCUAAAUAGUAAGUAAGAAGAAGUGCAUAACAAGUACAUGCUAAAUAAUAAUAAAUGGUAAUAUCCAUAUAGCAAAGCUCUAAACCAUAUGUGGUCCAUUCCAUUGGACAAGACUGGAAUAUUUUAAUAUUUUAUUUACAUAAAUUAAGUUAUUGUGAUCUUUAAUCAAGAAAUUGUGAAAUUUUCAUUUUGUGAAUU